UACUGCAAGGUCUUCGUUCGUUCGUCUUUAUAAGAACUGCAUCAUUAGGUGUCGGCCAAACGCUACAUAGCACUAUCCGGACCACCCUUCCUAAAUGACUGCAAGUGGGAAGAAGCAGAAAACUAUCGUGCUCUUUGGAGAGACGGGAGCAGGCAAAAGCUCGCUCGUUAACCUCAUGGCGGGAAAGGAGGUAGCACACACAUCUCCUGACAUGCAACGCUGUACGAUGAGGUGGACAGAGUAUACCAUCAGCUUCGACGGCGACUCGUAUAAAGUUUUCGAUACCAUCGGACUCGAGGAACCGCAACUGGGAAUCAAAGAAUACCUCGAGUCUGUCGAGAACGCUUAUAAACUCGUCAAGGAAUUGGAUAAACAAGGCGGCAUUGAUCUGCUUCUCUUCUGCGUUCGCGCCGGCAGAGUCACAGCCACGCUUCAGAGCAAUUACCGGCUCUUUAACGAAUUCCUUUGCGAGAAGAAGGUGCCCAUCGUUCUUACGAUCACGAACCUCGAGAGAGAGCAGGUGAUGGAGGACUGGUGGGUGAGAAACCAGAGCACCUUCAACAAAUAUCAGAUCCAGGUCGCCGGUCAUGCGUGCAUCACCGCCGCUAAUAGACUGGACGGCAGACACAGAGACCUUUAUGAAGAAUCACGCGUCACAGUCCGCACCCUUGUCAAGAAAUUUACUGCUGAGGGGCAGAAGCAAGCAUGGACAGGAGGAGAAAACCUGUUCGUCUCGUUGAUGCGUAGGCUGAAGGAGUUGCUUUCAGGGAGUUCGCGUCUGAAAAGGAAGGAUCUUGUCCCUCAUCUCACGAAGCGUUGCGGUAUCUCUCGAGAGGUCGCAAAGCAGUUGGCUGAUAUGAUCAAACAAGAGUAGUAGUUACUUGACUUCCCUUUUUCGAUAACUUAUGCUCGUCCGAUUGUAGACUUUGUCCUUGCCGAUAAUACUUACGUUACACAUAUGGGUCGAUACUACAUACUCGCGAGCAUCUGUAUUUCAGUACGACUGUCUCAUAAGCUCUCAUAGGCAACGCUAAUGCAAUAGCGCAGGCUGAGCGC